GUACGCUAUGUUAUCCAGGAUUUAUAUCUGCGUCCUGCGUAUCUCCUGACUAGGGUCGAAUGUAAGUCGCGGGACACAAGAACUUCAGAUAAAAACAAUUCACAACAGUUCCUCAACAGUUCCAAUCUAUGAACUUUUUUUUUUUGCUUGGAUUUUCUCUCUGUUAAAAUCUUCGACUGAAAAUGAACCUCGACAAAGCCGUUUUAAAGAGAGACUACUAGCAUUAAGCCAACUGGCUUUAGCUUUGUUUUUAAACCGGGCUUAUUCAACUUUCGUGUCUGGUAAUAUAUAUAUAUGUAUAAUAUAUUUGAGUGCGCACUGGGGAGUUGAACCCGCAAAAUCAACCCAGUGACACCUGCCGAACUUUUAGUUUAGCGGAUUUACCAAUCUGGGUACUGGGAAUUUUCUAGGAUUCAAAAAAUGCUAAUCUUUUAUUAAGUCUUGUUUUCCUUCCUUUUUGAUUACUGCUUACUGAUAGCACAUCCAUUCUGGUCUUGCUUUUGCCUGAAUUAUGAUGUUGAAAUCUCUGUAGAUCUUAUGAACUAAUCUUUCUUUAUAACAUAUCCGCAUAAGGGCUAUCUUUAUUUAGUUAAUUUUCUUUCUUUCUAGUUCCUUUGGCGGGUUAUGGUUUCGUGUCUUGACAUGUAAAUUUACUUCAAAGAUACAUUUAAUUGCCGGUCUAGCGUGAGUGAGUGAGAGAGACAGAGAGAUGGCAAUAGCUCGAUUUGGUCGCCAAGCAAAGCGCCCAUAUGGGGUCUGCGUGAAGAUGACGGCGGUGGCUAUUAUGGGUUUGUGUUUCAUCUUCGUUUGGUCUAUUUUCUCUCCUCCCUCGUCCUCUGUGACCGUUCAAAGGGAAAGCUUCGACGAUAUUGCUGAACCAGUUUCAGGAAACUCAAAGAUAUUUCAUCCUAGUACUCAAUCUGGAAAAAGGGAACCAGAAAAGCUCGAACCAAGUAAAGAGGAUGAGAAGGUGAAUAGUAAGUUCGAUUUCAAAGGGAAAGAUGAAAGAAGGACCAAUGGGUCUGUGACUUCAACUGUUAAUGGGCAUGAAUCUACAAAAGAGCAUGCGAAAGUGGUGUCUCAUAGGAACAAACAUAAGCCAAAGAUAGCUAAGGAGAAACAAGAGCAAGAUAAAUCUGAAUCUGAAACCCAAAAUGGGGAUUCUCAGAAGGAAGAAGAGGAAGAAGAAGUGGUGGAUGGUAAAGAAGUAUCUGAAGGUGAAGGGGAAGGUGAAGUGAAUGGGGAUGGAGAACGAGAUGAUAAUAUAGCUGAAUCAGUGGAUCAAGAAACUGUUGAAAGAGGGGAGGAGGAGACGGGUGGAUCAAAAAGUACAGUGAAGAAGAGGACGGUAAAGGGUCCAGUUUUUGAUUCCAAGGCACAUUAUAGUUGGAAAUUAUGUAGCACAAGGAGCAAACAGAACUAUAUUCCUUGUAUUGACAAUGAGGGUGGCAUUGCAAGGCUGCAGAGUUAUCGGCAUAGGGAGAGGAGUUGUCCCAGAGAGCCUCCAAUGUGUCUUGUUCCUCUUCCCCAUGACGGAUAUUCUUCUCCGGUACACUGGCCCGAGAGCAAAUGGAAGAUAUCGUAUAAAAAUGUAGCACAUCCAAGACUUGCUGCUUAUAUUAAGAAACAUAAUUGGUUGGUGGAGUCUGGAGAGUAUCUUACUUUUCCCCAGAACCAGACUGAAUUUAAGGGGGGAGUCCUUGAGUACCUUGAAUCCAUCGAGGAGAUGGUACCAGACAUCGAAUGGGGAAAGAAUAUCAGGGUAGUGCUUGACAUUGCAAGAACAGAUGCAAGCUUUCUGGCUACUCUCCUUGAGAAGGAUGUGUUAACAUUAUCACUAGGUUUGAAGGAUGAUCUGGUUGACUUAGCACAAGUUUCACUUGAGCGUGGUUUCCCCGCUGUAGUCAGCCCUUUUGCAAGUAGAAGACUUCCUUUUCCUAGUGGCGCUUUUGACUCUAUUCAUUGCGGUGGUUGUAACAUACACUGGCACAAUAAUGGGGGCAGACUUCUCCUUGAGAUAAAUAGGCUUUUAAGGCCUGGUGGAUACUUUAUUUUGUCGACCAAACAUGACAGCAUUGAAGAUGAAGAAGCUAUGACUACAUUGACUGCAUCUAUCUGUUGGAAUAUUCUGGCUCAUAAAACUGAUGAAGUUAGUGAAUUGGGUGUUAAAAUAUAUCAGAAGCCUGAAUCAAAUGAUAUUUAUGAGCUGAGGAGGAAGAAAAAUCCACCUCUAUGCAAGGAAAACGAAAAUCCAGAUGCAGCGUGGUAUGUUCCUAUGAAGACUUGUUUGCACACUAUUCCAACUUCCAUUGAACAACAUGGGACAGAAUGGCCUGAGGAAUGGCCCAAGAGACUUGAAACUUACCCUGAAUGGUUAAGUGACAAAGAAAAACUGGCUUCAGACACCAGCCGCUGGAGAGAUAUUGUUGACAAAUCGUACUUGACUGGAAUGGGUAUUGAUUGGUCAAGUGUCCGGAAUGUAAUGGACAUGAAAGCCAUCUAUGGCGGAUUUGCCGCAGCACUCACGCAACAUAAGGUUUGGGUGAUGAAUGUGGUCCCCGUCCACGCUCCAGACACACUCCCAUUCAUUUAUGAGCGAGGACUUAUUGGUAUCUACCACGAUUGGUGUGAAUCUUUUGGGACCUACCCAAGAUCAUAUGACCUUUUACACGCAGAUCAUCUCUUCUCGCGGCUUAAAAACAGGUGUAAGCAACCUGUUUCGAUUGUUGUUGAGAUGGAUAGGAUAUUACGGCCUGGAGGUUGGUUGAUUGUCCGUGAUAAGGUUGAGAUAUUGGAUCCUCUGGAAGGAAUUUUGAGAAGCUUGCAAUGGGAUAUUAGAAUGACUUACGCUCAGGGUAAGGAGGGGAUCUUGUGUGCUCAGAAAACAUUAUGGCGGCCUUGAUAUCUUGUAUAUGCAUUCUGCUUAUUAUUGACUUGAAACUUUACAAGACCAUUGCUUCUUUAUACCAACCAGUAACUUGAUGAGAAGACAAGUUUCUUGGAUUCACUUGUAACACAAAUCACAGAAAGUAGUGAUUCUUUAUUUUUGUGAGAUAUAUAUUUAGUGAUUCAUCAUUGUAA